AUGGAGGGCCUUUUAGAAGAGUUUCGCAAUGCCUACAAGGCAAGAUCCGGAUAUUCUCUUGCACAAACACUCCAGCCCUUCAGCCCAGCCAACAAGCCUGGCAAGCUUCGGUCCAUCUAUCUGAGCACAAACAUUCAAGAAGCCAAGGCCGAUGUCAAGUACAUGCUCCAGGGUCGAGGUUCAGGAUCUAAGAAAUUCAAGCUUGACCACGAGGAGGCCAACGGCUGGGUGGAGGUCUACACGGCUUACUGGAAGGCCAUCGGCGAGAUUUUGAAAGUGGAAGGCGACUCCAGUACUGGAGGUAGGUCUUCAUCAUGGACAAAGGUAUAUGAGGCAUGGAAAGAAUUCACCACUGCUCUCAUUCGCGGUUACACGAACUAUGGGUUCGAGGCUUGGACCAUUCCUUGCCUCUACACUGCAGGCAAGCACCUACGACUUUUCGCCAUCAGCUCGGACGAGGAGCGGAACACCACCGACGCUGCCGCCAACGCUAUGGAGCUUGGCGAUGACUUCGACCCUGACCUGGAGAAGCAGAAGCAGCUUCGUGACUGCGAACAACAGCUCAAGCGCAUUUUCACACUGUGCUUGAGUGACAGAGCGCCCCUCGAGGACUCGAGGAAAUGGGCUAUCUAUUUCGUCAUCAACCUGCUCUUCAAGACGUACUUCAAACUCAACUCUGCCAGUCUUAGUCGGACGAUCCUCAAGGCAUUAUCUACGAAUCGUGGAGAUAUGCCUCCAUUGGAGGCGUUCCCCAAAUCACAGCGGGUAACCUUCAAGUUUUAUGAAGGCGUGCUUUUCUUCCUUGAGGAGAACUACGUCGAGGCCGAGAAGCAUCUCACCGAAGCAUGGUCUCUCUGCCAUAAGGACGCCAAGAGCAACCAAGAGAGAAUCCUUACCUACUUGAUUCCCUGCCAUCUCCUUACCACCCACACCCUCCCGAGUAGCAAACUCCUUGAACCGUUUCCCCGUCUGCAAAAGCUCUUCCUCCCGCUAUCGCGCUGCAUCCGCACAGGCGACCUACGCAACUUUGACCUGGCCCUCCAGGAGGGCGAGGAGGAAUUCGUACGCCGCAGGAUCUAUCUCACUCUUGAACGAGGCCGCGACAUCGCGCUGCGUAACCUCUUGCGCAAGGUCUUCAUCGCCGGCGGCUUCGAGGAAGCCAAGGAACCCGGCGUGGCGCCGGUUCGUCGGACAAGAAUCCCCGUCGCCGAGUUUGCGGCCGCAAUCAGUCUCGGCAGCCAGGAGAGCGUGGACCCAGACGAGGUCGAGUGCCUGCUAGCCAACAUGAUUUACAAGAAUCUGAUGAAGGGCUACAUCGCCCGUGAGCGCGGGAUUGUCGUUUUGUCCAAGAACGGGGCGUUCCCCGGAACGGGGGUGUAA